AUGCCAAUCCUGGGGAACAACCCCGAAAAGGACGGAAGUUUACGAAUGAGGCGUGAUGUGCUUUUGCCCGUUGGGGAAGCUCAUUCUGGCCCUCGUGCGCAUCAUGUCGAACGAUUGGAUCAGGAUACUGCCGAUGCACAAACACGGCACUUGGGAGCGGGCCUCUGUAGUUCCCCGGGAGCCCAAAAGGUCCUGGUGGGCAGCAACUGGUUAUUCGCGCAUUGGGAGCUUUCUCCGUGGGGCAAUGAUGUAGCCACUUCAUGCACGGGCUCGGCGCAAAGACAAUUGCCAAUGCAAAUACGGAGUACUCAAGGAUUCAACUCCUCCACCCGUGAUCGACGAGGACGGGCCAUGUCCAGACUCGAGUCUCACAGUCUGACGCAGCGAACAAGUUAUGAACUUCAAAUGCACAAUCGGGAACAUGGACAACCACGAUCACAGCCGGACAUCCCAAGCCCACAAGAACGGAUUGGAGAUCAGAUUCACAAGGGUACUUACUCACUUACUACCUACAGAGAACCAGUCAAACUCUUUACGGCUACGAAAGUCCUGGGCUUGCGUAAGAGAAUGAAACAAGACCACAAUGCAAGUGGACGUCUUGUCUUAGAUCAACCUGGGGACUUGAGAGGGUACACCCGAGCAUCCCUUACCAGACCAGACCCGAUCCUUGCCUACUCCGUAGGAACCAAGGGAAUCGAAAAUCUCUGGAACGAGAGAAACAAUGGCCUGAUGCUCAUUUCGCGCUCUUCUUGCGGGCUCCAUUAUAUCACAAGCUUCUUGACCUUCUAUCGUCACCGCAACUGA